AUGGUCUUUGAGACCUCCGGUCGGCUCCACCAGAGCGUGACCGGUGAGCUGCGCCGGCGCAGUGCCGCAAUGGCGGUGUGGUGCGGUGCGCGUAUUUUGCCGCUGGAACGGCGAGUUUACACCAUCACGCUAGUGAUAGAUCCAAACACAGCAUUCCUUCGAGCGGCGCGCGCCGGGCAGCUAGACACAGUUGUGGAUUUGCUGGAUUCGAACGCUGUCAAAGAUAUAAACACGUGCAAUUCUAAUGGACUAAACGCACUACACUUAGCCGCCAAAGACGGCCACAUUUCGGUCGUAGAAGAGCUACUGAAGCGGGGCGCCACUGUCGACGCGUCUACAAAGAAAGGCAACACAGCACUGCACAUAGCAUGUCUUGCGGGCCAAGAAUCUGUUGCGCGGGCGCUGCUUGCAGCCGGCGCAAAGGCGGACGCACAAUCAGCGGCUGGGUUCACUCCGUUAUACAUGGCAGCACAAGAAAACCAUGCCGGCUGCGUGAAAAUGUUACUGGCAGCAGGGGCUAGCCAGACACUUGCGACAGAGGAUGGAUUUACGCCAUUAGCAGUGGCGAUGCAGCAAGGUCACGACCGAGUCGUGGCGGAACUGUUGGAAUCAGACACGCGCGGCAAAGUUCGGUUACCGGCGCUUCAUAUCGCCGCAAAAAAGAAUGACGUGAAAGCGGCUACCCUAUUACUAGAGAACGAACACAACCCCGACGCUUGCUCGAAAUCUGGCUUCACUCCGCUCCACAUAGCAGCUCACUAUGGGAACGUGGGAGUGGCUAAGGCGCUGUUAGUCGCCGGGGCAGAUUCAGGGCGGGCGGCGAAGCACAAUAUUACACCGCUGCACGUCGCUAGCAAGUGGGGACAGCUGGCUAUGGUUGAUCUACUGGUUGAAAAUGGCGCAAACAUAGCAGCGGUGACUCGCGAUGGCUUGACUCCUCUUCACUGUGCGGCUCGAUCUGGACACAGCAACGUCGUGUCAAGGUUACUUCAGCAUGGUGCUCCCAUCACCAGCAAAACAAAGAACGGUCUGACCCCUCUACACAUGUCGGUGCAAGGAGAACACGUGGAGACCGCCAAGGUGCUCCUUUCAGAAGGCGCGCCCAUCGAUGACGUCACAGUCGAUUACCUCACAGCGUUACAUGUUGCUGCACAUUGUGGUCAUGUUAAGGUAGCUAAACUUCUCUUAGACAGAAAUGCGGACGCAAAUGCGCGUGCGCUUAACGGCUUUACGCCGCUACACAUCGCGUGCAAAAAGAACAGGCUCAAAGUUGUUGAAUUGUUGCUCAAAUAUGGUGCUAGUAAAUCGGCAACAACAGAAUCCGGUCUCACACCCCUACACGUUGCAUCAUUUAUGGGGUGCAUGAACAUUGCUCUGGUUCUCGUCGGCGCUGGUGCUGAUGCAGAUGCCGCUACAGCUAGGGGAGAGACGCCGUUGCAUCUUGCUGCUAGAGCUCAUCAAACUGAUCUUGUCAGAGUGCUAUUAAGGAAUAACGCUAAGGUGGAAGCACGAGCUCGCGAAGAACAAACUCCAUUGCAUGUAGCUGCGCGUCUGGGUCACGCUGAUAUAGCAGCCCUGCUGUUGCAGCACGGUGCUGAUGUUGCUGCUACAACGAAAGACAAAUAUACGCCAUUGCAUAUUGCUGCUAAAGAGGGCAAAGAGGAAGUAGCGGCAAUCCUCAUUGAUAACCAAGCGCCAAUAGAAGCAGAAACACGAAAAGGUUUUACUCCACUACACUUAGCUGCUAAAUACGGAGACAUCGGUGUUGCCAGGUUACUAUUAGCUCGUGGUGCACAACCAGACGCACCUGGCAAGAGCCACAUAACACCAUUGCAUAUGGCAACAUAUUAUGGACAUCCAGAUAUCGCAUUAUUACUUUUGGACAAAGGUGCGUCCCCUCAUUCGCUAGCUAAGAACGGUCAUUCAGCCCUCCACAUCGCGUGUAGGCACAACCAUCCCGAUAUAGCAUUCGCGCUCCUCGAACAUGAUGCCGAUCCAAGCGUCAAGUCAAAGGCAGGAUUUACACCCUUGCAUAUGGCUGCGCAAGAGGGUCACGAAGAUUGUGUUGAGAUGCUAAUAGAGAGAGGCGCUGAUGUCAACGUCCCAGCUAGUAAUGGUCUCACACCGGUGCACUUAGCAGCGUCUGAAGGACGCACAGCAGUUCUGAAGUCACUUAUGGGAGCUGGUGGAAGAUGUGCUGCUAGAACGAGGGAUGGGUACACACCAUUGCAUGCAGCUGCUCAUCACGGUCAUCAUGCUGCCGCGAAAACACUCCUCGAAGCUGGUGCUGAUGUAACCGCCACAGCUGCUCAUGGGUUUACACCACUACACCAAGCGGCCCAGCAAGGUCAUACUCUCAUCAUACAGUUGCUACUCAAAAGUAAUGCAGACCCGAACGCGUUAUCAGCUAAUGGCCAGACAGCUUGUGCGAUCGCUGAUCGUUUGGGUUACAUCAGUGCUGUGGAGGCGUUACGACCUCUCACUGAGAAUACGUUAAGCCAAGCUGUGGGUGACACCGGAGGUCUGGAAGGAAAAUACAGAGUUGCAGCCCCCGAGCUCAUGCAGGAUACAUUCAUGAGCGACUCGGAAGACGAAGGAGGAGAAGUGGAGUGUCCUAUCCAACAGCAGCAACAAUACCGCUACAUGAACAGCGAGGCAGGCACCCUGAACAGAGCCAAGCCGCUGGAAGACAGCGUCACGGACGGACACCUUUGGCCCAGCAACAAUGACAGUCGAGUCGCCACCAUUGAACGACAACCGCUUGACAUCGGAUUCCUGGUGUCAUUUGUGGUGGACGCCCGGGGCGGUGCCAUGAAGGCCAAGAGACGUGGUGGAGUCAGAAUUAUUGUCCCCCCAGCAGCAUGUGCAGCACCCACCAGAGUUACAUGCCGAGCAGCAACGCGUCGGGCGCCAGCUGCUGCACCCCCACCCCUCAUGGAGGGAGAAGCUCUAGCGUCCAGGCUUCUUGAAUUACAACCACAAGGAGCUAAAUUCUUAGCGCCUGUCAUCAUCGAAGUACCGAUAUUUACAGCGUCAUGUCCCGAGCGAGAGAUAGUGAUCCUUCGUUCAGACACUGGAGAGACCUGGCAGGACCAUUAUUUGCACAACAACGACAAUGCUAUGAUACAAGAGGCAUUGACACGGGAAAGACAAGACCACGGGAACAGCGGCGAAACUUUGGGAGAGAACGGUGAGAGAGUGACUCGAAUCAUCACGUGUGACUUCCCUCACUAUUUGGCUGUGGUGUCUCGCGUGAGACAAGAAGUACAUAUCAUCGGACCUGAAGGAGGCACUGUCUCCUCUGCGCAUAUACCGCAAGUCCAAGCCCUCUUCCCUCCACAAGCUUUGACCAAACGGAUCCGAGUGGGACUCCAAGCCCACGGUGCUGGCGGCUCCCUCUGCCGUCGUGUCCUACCUCGCCACGCUGCCGUUUCGCCCGUGCUGACUGUGGAACCACGUCGUAGGAAGUUCCAUCGAAGCAUAACCCUCACAGUGCCUCUACCACAUUCCGCUGAUCAAAAGCCGGGAGAGAAACCAUCGACGGCCAAUCUACGACUGCUGUGCUCCAUAAUGGGCGGUCAAGCGCGAGCUGUGUGGGAAGAUGUGACAGGCUCCACUCCACUCACCAUUACGGAUGACUGUGCUUCCUUCACAACUACUGUUUCUGCUAGAUUCUGGCUAAUGAACUGUCAAAAUGUCAGCGACGCAACGAAGCUAGCUACAGAACUAUACAGACAAAUGCUGGUGGUACCGUUUGAGGUGCGAAUUGUCGUUUUGGGCAAGCGAUUAGACGCGUUGGAAGGACGACUGCUUGUGCUGUACAUAACAGACAGAUACGCGUAUGAAACACUCUUGCAACAGGAACAUUACACAGAAAUAGCGCACUCAACAUCAGUCCGCUUUUUAGAUGGGAAAGAGGUGUUUUUGGAGUUCUCUGGAAACCUUGUCCCCGUAACCAAGUCUGGAAGCCAACCUCUAUUCACAUUUGAGGCAUUCAAGGACAACCGUGUGGAAUUCACAGUUCGAGUGAAACACCACGAAGAGAGCCCUUCUGGCAGGAUUUACUUCAUGAACGAACCCAAGGUAGCGAAAGGUGAACAAUCACAAACUCCAGCAUGUGUUUUGGAUGUAGAGCUACCUGAACGCAUCGCGCCGCGCGCUGCUAAGAGUCAAAUUGACUACUUGAACCUUGACCAAUCAGGUUUUGACGCAUUAAAAGACGAACUGAGCUUCCACUGGGGUGACCACAAUCACAGUAUUGGGCCACCGCCUCUUCCUACACACCAUGAAACUUCACCACAGCUCAACGGACACGACAAAAACAUUGCAAAUGGUAAUGUGAAAUUCACUCCUACGGAUGCGGACGAUGUGAAGCCCAAACCGCAAGUAAACGGCGAUUCCGUACACGUUGACUCGAAUAAAGUUAAAGCCACUUUUGACUCAGACGAAGAUAAGACCCCUAUGAAUACAUUAGAGAAAGGCAAAAAGAAACCGGAGGGCUUUUUUGGAGGCCUCGCCGGUAAGGUCAAAAAUGUUUUCGGACAUAGCGAAGAAAAGGAUGACAGCAAAGAGUCCUCUCCGAAACCGCAGCCAAAGCCGCGUGAAUCUAAAGAAAAGUCCCCACCGAAACCUGCACCCAGAAUUAUAAACGAAGACCUGUUAGAAAAAGUAGAUGAUAUGUUCAAAGAUCUAAAGGUUAAGCCUCACGUAAAAAUUGACGAAGAUGCAAACAAUCAAGUAUAUUUGACAAAACUUAUCGUAGAUGAAGAUCAACCGAGCCUAAAGGAAAAGACUGAUGAGACAUACCAUCAGUAUGAGCACAUGCAACCUGUAGAUACUCCGUUACAUUGCCAUAAAACUGACCCAUUCCAAUUUUACACUGGAUGCUGCGAAGGCAAAUACAAAAAAGGUGAAAAACACCGUCACGACGAAACGUCCAAUUUAGCGGACAGAAUUGAACAAGUGAAUUUUACAAUUCACGAAACAACACAAGAAGUAGCUGACAGAUCAAAUGGUGAAUCAAAGGACGUUCUAGAUAGACUCGACAAUGAAAAGGAUAAUCUUAAGAGUGAAGUUUCAAAAGUGAACAAAAAUUUGCAGAACUAUAAAAAUGACCUUGUCAUCGUUGAAGAAACUUUAAAAGAUAAUGUCAAAGAUAGUGCUAAUGAUAUAAAAUCAUUUGCUGGUGAGAACAAUUGUAAAUGCCGAAGGCAAGAAAAUGCAAAAAAUAAUAUCGAUACUCUGAAGUCUGAUGUGCGGUCUCAAGCAACAGCUGAAGUUGAAAAUAUUAAAUCCGCUGCGCAGGAUAUUGUUAAUAACUUGCUUAGCCAAUCUAAUCCUAAAUCAUCUGACCACAAAGCACUCGUAAUGGAUUUCUUAGCCGCUGAACAAAUGGAAGCAUCGAAACAUAUUAGUGAGAAGAAUGAUACUAUUAAAGUGUGUUUAGAAGAAAAUGAAAACACUUUGAAAAAUAAAGCUCAAGAAGGUCUCACUAAAAUAAAAAAUACUGCCCAAGAAGUAAAAGAUGACAUAAAUCAAAAAACAAAUGAUUUCAAGGCAGGUGUGAAAGAUAAAGCAGAAAGUGUUAAGGAAGCUACUAAAGAAAAAGUUAUUGAAGUAAAAGAAAAUUUAAGUAAUAAAGCAAAUAAUAUCAAGGAAGAAACUAAAAAUAAAAUUGAAGAUAUUAAAGAUGUCACUAGUGAAAAGUUGAAUGAUCUAGAAGACACUUUGGACUCCGCGAAAGAAAAAACUGAAAAAGUAGCUGAAAACAUCAAAACAAAAGCAAAAGACACAAAGGAAAAUAUAAAAGCGGAAGGGAAAAAGAAAUCAAAAGAAGGAAAGAAUUUCUUUACGGGUCUUGUUCAUAACAUAUUUGGUGAAAAAGACAAAGCUGAAGAAGAAAUUAAAUCAAAGAGCAAGAAAAGUGCAAGUAAAUUAGCUAAACAAGCAUCCCAAAUAAAAGAAGAUGCCGAUGAAACGGUGGCCAAAAAACAAGAACAAUGUGUAGAUUUUCUGCAAAAUGAGAGUCAACAAUUAAAUAAUCAUAAAGAAAAUAUUAUAAAUGAAGGUGAAGAUUUAAUAAAAAAAGUACAAAACAAAACUGACGAACUAAAAGGUAUUGUGCAAACUACAAAAGAUGCUGUAGACAUCAGUGUACAGGACGUUGUAAAUAAUGUUGAGAGCUCUAAAGAUGCUGCCAUUGAAAAUGUUCAAGAUCAUUCAACACAAUUAAUACAAAAUGUUGAAAAUAAAAAGAAUGAUAUUACGCAAGAAUUAUUGGAAGCUAAAGAUAAUGCUUUGCAUACAGUUCAGGAAACUACCGACAAUGUUAUAAAACAAAUUGAUGAUAAAAAGGACGAGGUUAAACAAAAUGCGUACAACCAAGCGGAAUUAUUAAUAGACGAUGUAGAAACGAGCUUUAAGGAAAAAGAACAAAAGUUACAAAAAACCGAAGGCAAAGUGGUGCAAUUCUUAGAAACUAAAACCAAUGAAAUGCUUGAUGAAAUUCAAGGAAAUCAAGAUCUCUUAAAACAAAACAAAAAUAAUUUAGUUGAGAGACUUAAUUCCGAAAAAGAUAAUUUAGUACACAGUACUCAAGGAGCAAAAGAACAUGCACUGCACGAUUUACACGACAAAACUAGUCAAGUUGUUGAAAGCAUUAAUCAAGAGAAAGAUAAAGUUAUCCAAGCGGCGCAGAGUAAACGAGAUGAAAUAGUUGACAAUGUACAGGCCAAAAAAGAUGAAUUUUCAUCGGCAAUUCAAGACAAAUCAGAUGCCGCCGAAAAAGCGCUCUCUGACACUAAAACAAUCGUAGAAGACGUGGUUCAGAAGAAAAAGGGAGAUAUAAUUGACACGCACACAUUUAUACAGAAUGCAGCUAAUGAUCACAUGGACAGAAUAAGGCAAGAAGCAGAAAUUGCCACGGAGGACAUCAAAAGGACGGCCGAGGAAACAUUAAAUGCCGCAGUAAACAAAAAGUCAAAUAUCCAAGCCAACAUUGCCAGCAAAGUUGAUGAAAUUAAUGAUGCUGGCAAAGAUAGUUUUGACAACAUUCAACAUGCAGUAAGUCAUCAGGUUGGCAAUACAAAGGAAUCAGCGCAACAAGCGGUCGAUUACGUGAAAGAUUCAUCCUUGGGCGCUUUCGAUAAGCUCGAAACCGCUACGAAGGAUAAAGUAAACGACGCUAAGGACACUUGGGACGACCUUCAAAGUAGCACGCGUGACACAUACGCAGAUAUAAAAGAUGACGUACAAGGUCUGGAGAGUUCAGCACAAGAUACAUUACACAGCCUCCAAAGUUCAGCUGGGAACACGUUUGACAGUUUAGAAGAUUCAGCAAAGGAAGUAAUCGCAGACGCACAAAGCACAGCACAAAAAACGGAAGAGGGUUCGAAGGAAUUGUUUGGUAUUGCUAAGGAUACUUUUGAAGGAUUCACGGUGACAGCGGGGAACAAGCUGGAAGAUGUCAAAGGAGCGGCUAACGAGAGAAAAGACGAGGCUGUUCAAAGGCUAGAAAAGGCCGAGAGUGAUUUAGCUGAGGGUGUCUCGAAUGCGGAAGCAACAAUUGCGGAGAGCGUGACGUCAGAAGCUGAUAAAUUCGCUAAUAACCUGAACGAUUUGGGCAACUCUGUCUUCGGAAUGUCUGGCAAAGGUUUCAUGAAGGAUUCAAGUAAAAAAUUGCUAGAUUCGGAAAAAUCCCAAUCUUCGCCACACAGAAAGGGCUCAGGAAUACCGAAGCUAAAGAAAAAGAAGAAAUAA